UUUUAUUUAUUUUAUUUAUUUAAUAUAAUUUAAAAUUCGUGCAAUCUUUUAAUUCUAUGUGUGUUUUUAAUUUUGAAUAUUUAUGAAAAUUGUGGUUUCAAAAGCGAAAGUAGACAAUUUAACAAACUUAUUUUAAAAUGGCAACGGGAACUACGUUUAACUCCAAUCAAGACAAAGCAAGCGAUUUCGAUAACAAAUGUGAUGCAACGUCAUUAUGCAAACCCUGUGUAAGAAAUAAAUCUUCUAAUGCAGCCACGGUUUUCUGCAAAGACUGCAAAGAGCUGUUUUGCGACCAAUGCAGUCGUCUAAACACGAUAUUCAAAGCAGGCAAACAUGAUAUUAUCAGUGUUGCUGACAUGGAUUCAGUCCGCGGCAAUUUGACAUGAAAGGUAUGGACGUUUGUCAAGAACACGGUCAAAAGAUCAAGUUUUUCUGUCGAGACCAUUCCAAACUUUGUUUUAGUACCCGUGCCUUUAAACACCGGAAAUGUGAGCAUGUAGAUGAAAUUGCAAAAUUGUCUGAACAAAUACGUUCAGAGCUUUAUUCGCUGAAGGAAUCAUUGCAAAAAAUAAAAUCGGAUGCUGAAUAUAUUAUUACGGAGUGUAAGAAGUCAGAGAAUGACUUGAAUGAGUCGAUUGAAAACAUGUCUGUAGAGGAAGAUGAAAUGAAAACCCGAUUCGAUACAUUUUUUGAAAAUGCUAAGAACAAGAUGUUAACUGAGGCGAAUUCAGUAAAGUGUGAAGAGGUGAACAGAUUAGAUGCCAGGUCUACAGCAUCUUCGAAAAUUAAGGCAAAGAUAGCUCAACUUGUACCUACGUGUUCUACUGUUUUGGAACACGGAACGCUACAGCAAAUGUUUAUAUUGUCAAACCUUAUUGAUGAGAAGCAUCAUAGAAUGAACGGAUGUAUCCGUGCACAACAACAGAUGCAACGGACACCAAAACUGUCGAUGCCAUUUCCUAAAGAGUUAUACGAACUUCUUGCAUUGGUAGAAAAUGUUAUGAAGCUGAAUAGCGUGCAAAACAAAACAGACCAGGAAAUUUCAGACUGCCUAUCAUCCCUUUCUAGGCCAGUAACCCUAGAGCUGCUCGUGUCCGCGGAUCUACCAAAGGCUGGAGAUGACAAGGAUUACCCUUUUCUCACUGGACUGGACUUCCUGCCGGACGGAAGAUAAGUAGCCGUGGACAACAAUAAUGAGUAAUGUAUCAUAUUUAAUGAGCUGCUGCAGAGACAAGGAUCACCGUACACAAACGAGUCGCCUCCUCGUAGCGUGUGUGCGUGCGAGAAUGGACUCGCUGUGGCAGUAAAUAACAAGACCUUGUAUCUCCUUUCUGUAAAUUCUGAUAAUAUUAUAAGUCUGACCAGUGAAAUCAGUACAUCCUCAUUGUUUUACUCUAUUUGCCACAAGACGCCAUCAGUCAUAUUUGUGAGUACGUUGGAUUAUCCACGUCCUGCUAAAAUGAUAACAAUGGACGGUGUUGAGUCAGACUUCGAUCGUGUUGACUUCCCAAAGAAGACGUGCAAAAUCGAUGAGAGCAUGUGCACAUGUGUCCAGGCCAAUAACACGCUGGUACUGACUGACAGACACGCACACACAGUGUACAUGUACGAUACCGUAAAGGGAACCUCAAGAGCAGUCACUGAUGGGAAUAUCCAGGAGCCACGAUAUGCAUGUGUGGGGCCUGGUGACACGGUGAUGGUUUCCUGUGGGAAGAAGACCUCCAUCGUGCACUUAAGCGUUACUGGUGAAAACCUCGGCACCUACGUAGUGAAUAUGAAGUUCCAGUACUCAGUGACUAUGAGUAAGGAUGGUACCAAACUGGCCGUGUCAAACAGCGCUGCAGGCAUGAAGAAAUUUCAGUUGUAUAAAAUAUCAUGCACUUGAUGUGCUGGAUUUAAACCCAUGCUCUAGACAUGUAGCUCAUUUUAAUGUGUAAUGAAAUACUCGUUUAACAUAUGAUACUAAUUUUGAAAGUGUCAAUCGACAUUGUUCUUAAGUAUUUGUAAAUCAUGUAUCUCUAUAUAAUUAAAGUAUUUGUAUUAUAGAGUUGACAUAUUGUAACUGAUGUAUUCACUAAUGCAAUUUAUAUGUACUCAAUGUACAUUGAAUACGUUUUUCGGCGUAAGCUGUAUUAAGCCAGCUUUUCACCCUGACUUGACCUUUGUAAGUGUCCAAUAAUAUUCAAAGAAAAUUUCCCGCGGCUAGGUACGAAUGAAUACACUUCAUUUAUUCCAUUGGCUGAUUUGAGUAUAACACCAGAACAUUGGAAACAUAUCCGCGUCUUUGUAACACUGUUUUACUGCAUGAAACAAUUUUAUCUCUAAUGAAAAGGCUCAAUAGAUAGAACAGUUUUACAAUCAAUUUUCGACAUAAAUACAGUUUGUGCGUUCACCUUUUAUUUUCAGAGAAUUACCAGCGCAAAAGCGUUUAUACUAAAGGCUAUAUUCUCAUAUUUAGUACUUACUUGCAUUGCAUUUCAACCCGCGAUGUUUCGGGUCAAUUCGCGGCCAGUGUGUGAAAGUCAGAGUUUAUAUACAGUUCAUCACCGGAGUUCGCAGAAGGGGUUGCGAUCUUUUCAUUGAAGGAAAAAAUUGGAAUCUAUGCUAUUUUUGUCUGAUGGAGUAAAUAGUUCGUUUAGUCGCUUUGUCGAUCAAUAUUUUAGGCACAGCUGUUGCCUUGGUCGUGUACAGUUGGCGUAAACAAGCCGUCGUUUCAGCAGCAGAAUUGUUACCUAACUUUAAUGCAUCGCAUUCCAAUCCGCAAGGUAUCAAGGUCAGUUUGCGGUCAGUUGCAGAAAUCUUUAUAUAAACGCCGUCUCGUAAACUUUGUGCACUUGAAGUCUGUUUUGAUCAGAAAGAUACUAAAUAAAGAUAUUCGGCGAUAUUAUUGUGGUAUGUCAAUAAUCGAUUUUUAAUAUGUUUUCAACAUUUGCAUGAUAAGGACCAAUUUUGAUAAAGUUAAUUAGAAAUAUUUAUCCAUUUAGACCAGUUUUAAGCAUGAGCACAAUAAUUCACUAUACUAUAAUUAUGCAAUUAAAUAAGAUUCGAGUAUUGCCGGCUGACCUAUAUGCACUCGUUUAUUUUCGUGUUUCUUGUGUUUUUCUAUUCUGUAAAUAUAGAUAUCUGAGUAAUAAUAUCACAUAAAGCAAAAUAAGCCUCGAAAUCUGGCGCAACACCUCGUAAUUGAUUUGCUUGUGAUGUAGCUAAGAACUGCGCAGAAAAAAGGCAUCCGCUACUUUUUAUCUCAUAGAGAUAACUUUUGGUCGUUCAUAAACAUCGACCACAAUCAACGCCGUAUAUCUUUUUUUAAAGAUAUUUCUUGUUAACAAUACUUCAUAAAUAAAAAUGGCAGUCCAAGAGACUUGCAUAUUACCUCGGAGAUUUUGUUGUCCUUGACACAUUGUUGGAAAGUUAGACUUAACUUCAAAGUUGUUAGCUACACUUCAGUAGAAAAUAACAGUUGUUUAUUUAUCAAUUCACAAAUAUACUGUUCCGUAGGUUU